GAUGCUGCAGGAUGACCUUCAGCUCAGUGAUAGUGAAGACAGUGGUGAUGAUCAAGUUGUUGCAAAGCCGCCUGCUUCAUUGGCUCCUCCAAGUGCCCCGCAGUCGCAGCCGCAGAGUGUGGCAUCAGCACAUUCCAGCAGCGCGGCGUCCGGGAGCACCAGCGACUCGGACAGCUCGUCGGACUCGGAGACGGAGAGCAGCUCCAGCGACAGCGACGCCCCCGACCCUCCGAGGCCGUCGGCACCCGAGGAGAACAAGGAGCAGGGAAAGAUCAUCAGCAGCAACUCCUCUCAUGAGCGGCCCGGUCUGAAGGAGCCUCAUCCCAGGAACUCCAGCCGAGCGGCCAGGGCUGCGCAGGAUGCUCAUCUCCCGAGCAAGCGAAGCUGCCACAAGUCGCCCGUGCGUAGCGAGGAGCCCUCGCAGAGGCACAUGGUUGGGAUCAAAAGGCCCAGCAAGGUCCCUGUGCGUGAGGGGCCUGAGGGAGGCCUGAAGGUGGAGGGUGAACCUGGUCCAUAUGAGGUCAAGGACCAGUUUUCCAGAGACAAGCCAAAAGUAAAAACGAAAGGGAGGCCCAGAUCCAAGGAUAAAAAGGAAUGGAAACCAACGUCGCAGGAGCCCUCUGAGAACAGAAAGCACAAGAGCUCACAUCAGACCAGCUCCAAGGCCCUCCUGGACCCUAAGCCUGUGAGAGAUGCCCUGGUUGGCAGUGCCCAAGAGCACCUCUGUGUCAACCCCCUCACCCAAAGCCAGGGCACGACGCCCACCAGGACUAGCAGCAGUAAGGCCGCUCUUGCGGUCAGGGAGGAUUUCCACAAAGACAAGUUUCUCUCGCCUGUUAGGGAGAAGUUGUUAUCGCCUGUGAGGGACUUCCCAAUCCCGCACACCCUCGUGGUGAAAAUUGAGCUCGCCCUCCUGUCGAGGAUUCCUCAGCCUCCCGGGAAAGGCAGUCACCAGAAAAAAGCAGAGACUAAAGAGCUCCUGGGUGCAAGGAGGCAGGACUUGGAGAGGAAAAGCACAGACCUUCCUGAGAAGUCCUUCAAAAAGAGGAAGAGAGAAAUGGAGAAAGAGAUUGAUAGGAAGAAGAUGAAAUCGGACAAAGAAACCAAAUCAUUGCAGUCUUCAACUCACAAAGACUCCAGUAAAUUGAAAGUAUCAAAAACUUCAGUGGACAUCCAGAAGAAAGAUGUCCUGCUGCCCCCACCACUGCCACCCCCGGCUUCUGCACAUCCUGCGCCAAAGCCAACCAAGAUGGCCCAGAAGAGGCCCAGAUGUGAGAGCAGCGAGCAGCCUGCCCCAGACCCCACUGCCAGGAACAAGAGCAGCCCCAAGGAUCCUUUGUCCUCCAAGCACAGAAAAGUGGACAAAAAGUAUCCAGAACAGCCUAAGAGCAACAAAGAAUCUGCAGGGGAUGUCACAAAUCCUUUCCCAGUGCCUUCUUUGCCAAAUGGUACCUCCCAGACAAGGAGACCUCAAGUCAAGUUUGAAAAACACCAUCCGAUAGAACAUUACAUCGAAGAAGCCAAGAGGCUGAAGCACAAAGCUGAUGCUAUGACCGACAAGAUUGGAAAGGCCUUUCAGUACUUGGAUGCUGCACUUGCCUUCAUUGAAUACGGGAUUGCCAUAGAAUCGGAUGCAGCAGCCCCCAAAUCAGCUUACAGCAUCUUUGCUGACACCAUGGAUCUCAUCAAGUUCAUAAUGACAUUGAAACCCUUUAUGGACUCUUCAGCAUCUUCACAUGAAAAAAUCUUUGCCGUGUUAUGCAUGCGCUGCCAGUCCGUUCUGCACAUGGCCAUGUUCCGUUACAAAAAGGACACUGCAGUAAAGUAUUCCAGGAUCCUCAAUGACCACUUCAAGAGUUCUUCCAGAGUAACACAAGCACCUUCUCCAUGUGUUGCAAGGAGCACUGGGACGCCUUCUCCUCUCUCUCCAAUGCCCUCUCCUGCCAGCUCGGGGAGUUCGCAGCCGGGAUCAAAUGCCAGCAGCUGUGGGGGCAGCAGCAUUGGCUCUUCAGUCAGCGUCCCCUGUAAUAUCCCAAUCAUCACUUCCUCCUAUGUCAACAUCACUUCCUAUGUCCUCUAUGCGUAUGAUAUUUGGGAACACGCCGAUGCCCUGGCCAGGAGGAAUAAAGAUUUUUUUGAUGAACUCAGCACAGCGGUGUGCGCUCUGGCACUGAACAGCAGCCUGGCCGAACUGGUACACUACACUAGACAGGGUUUACAGUGGCUGAGACUGGAAACAAAUACGCCUUAAGUGGUGCUCAAGGUGGUGAAAUGCCUUGAACUCUUUUGCACUUUGGAAGCCUCAGCGAUGGUCCAGCUUGCUGAAUCAUUAGACACAAAGCACCUGAGAA